CUCCUGUUGAGACGGGACCAGGAGAAACGCCAGUGACUGCUCAGGCAGGUCCGCAUAAACAGGAGCCGAACGAGAACAUCGGAAAUAGAACGGACCGUAAGAUCUGCUUAUGCUGCAUAAUUGCGUCCGUCCUCCUUGUGACCGUGGUCGGGCUGUCGAUCUAUGUAUCACAGAUUCGUCAGUCUCAGAUCACCUCCAACCGAAACUACCAGCUCCUUCGGGAAGAGUAUCACGAGAUGAACAGGACCCAGCGCCAAUGUCGCCAAUGUUGUUAAACUCAACCCUUGAAUCCACAAUAUCCGAGAAUUCCCACCUCAAUCUGUCCCAAAGAACGUGUCUCGACAAUCUUUCAGCGCUCAUCUCUAAUCUGUCCGUUCUUAAACGAAGGGACUCUGAACUCCUUAACCAGCUUAUUGUGGUGAAAAAGAAGUACAGAUCUGUCAACGAAACCAAGACUCGAAUCUGUGAAUUGUUGACCAGCAGAAGAGGAGAGCACACGUGUCCUCAGAACUGGAUCGGAAACGUAGAUCGGUGUUAUUUCAUAUCCUCCUUGGAGAAACCUUAUGCUGGAGCGAGGGAACAUUGUUCAAACUUUGAUGCAAGGCUCCUCGAAAUAAAUUCAGACCAGGAAGAGAAUUUUAUUGCCAUCUCUAUCGCCUCCGGACCCGGAAUUUACUGGAUUGGAAAAUGCGGAGAAGGGUGAGGUUUGGACGGUUGCAGGUCGGUGGUGUGGGACUGACACGAGGCCGUGGAGAGAGAGCCGGGAGGGGGAUUAUUUUUCAGACUUACAGAUUUACACUGUGAGUCAGUUUGGAGACUGACACGAGGCCGUGGGAAG